AUGGCUGUGUCCGGGGUACUGCCCCGCCUGGCAACGGUGGCGUCGGUGGCGCUGGUGUCCCUGGUGACGCUGGUGAUGCUAGAGGCGCAUUGGGCAGCGGGUGCGGGCAUGGGCUCUUGCUACGACGACGCCGGGCGCGCACAGCGCUGUCUGCCUGAGUUCGAGAAUGCGGCUUUCGGCCGACGGGUCGAGGCCUCGCACACGUGCGGACAGCCCCCGGAGAACUUCUGCCCGCACGUUGGAGUGCCAGGAGCGGGACCACAGUGCCAGCGCUGCGAUGAUGCCGACCCCCAGCUCCGCCACGACGCCUCCUACCUCACAGACUUCCAUAGCCCCGAUGACAGCACCUGGUGGCAGAGCCCAUCCAUGGCCUUCGGGGUGCAGUACCCCACCUCAGUUAACCUUACCCUGCGCCUAGGGAAGGCCUACGAGAUCACCUACGUGAGACUGAGGUUUCACACCAGUCGGCCCGAGAGCUUUGCCAUCUACAAGCGCACGCGCACCGGUGGACCCUGGGAGCCCUACCAGUACUACAGUGCCUCCUGCCAGAAAACCUAUGGCCGUCCUGAGGGUCACUCGCUGUGGCCGGGUGAGGAUGAGAGGGUGGCCUUCUGCACCUCUGAGUUCAGCGACAUCUCCCCCUUGAACGGGGGCAACAUUGCCUUCUCCACCCUGGAGGGCCGUCCCAGUGCCUACAACUUUGAGGAGAGCCCUGUGCUGCAGGAGUGGGUCACCAGCACUGAGAUCCUGAUCUCUCUGGACCGACUCAACACAUUUGGAGAUGACAUCUUCAAGGACCCCAGGGUGCUCCAGUCUUACUACUACGCUGUGUCUGACUUCUCUGUGGGCGGCAGGUGCAAAUGCAAUGGUCACGCCAGUGAGUGCGGCCCCAACGAGGCUGGUCAGCUGGCAUGCCACUGCCAGCACAACACCACAGGUGUGGACUGCGAGCGUUGUCUGCCCUUCUACCAGGACCGUCCGUGGGCCCGUGGCACCGCAGAAGACGCCAAUGAGUGUCUACCCUGCAACUGCAGUGGACACUCCGAGGAGUGCACGUUUGACAGGGAGCUCUUCCGGAGCACUGGCCACGGUGGGCACUGCCAUCACUGUCGUGACCACACAGCCGGGCCACACUGUGAGCGCUGUGAGAGGGACUAUUACAGAUGGGGCCCGAGGACGCCAUGCCAACCCUGUGACUGCCACCCAGCAGGCUCCCUGAGUCUCCAUUGUGACGACUUGGGCACCUGCACCUGCAAGCCCACAGUGACAGGUUGGAAGUGUGACCGCUGCCGGCCUGGGUUCCACUCCCUCAGCGAGGGCGGCUGCAGACCCUGUACCUGCAAUGUUGCUGGAAGCUUGGGAACCUGUGACCCCCACAGUGGGAGCUGCCCAUGCAAAGAGAAUGUCGAAGGCAGCCUGUGUGACAGAUGCCGCCCGGGAACAUUUAACCUGCAGCCCCACAACCCGGCAGGCUGCAGUAGCUGCUUCUGCUAUGGCCACUCCAAGGUGUGUGCCCCCGCUGCCGGUUUCCAGGCCCACCACAUCAUCUCAGACUUCCGCCAUGGAGCUGACGGUUGGCAGGCCAGAAGCACAGGGUCGUCAGAGUGUCCUCUGCAAUGGAACCGGAACGGGAUCCUCCUGAGCCUGCAAGGAGAGGAGGGACUCUCAGCACCAGAGAAGUUCCUGGGAGACCAGAGACUCAGCUAUGGACAGCCAGUCAUACUGACCCUCCAAGUACCGCCUGGGGGCUCCCCACCCGCUGUGCACUUGAGACUGGAGGGGGCAGGCUUGGCUCUGGCUCUGAGGCCCUCCAGUCCACCCAGGCCUCAGGACUCCAGGCAGCCAGGACAGGUUCAGCUCUGGUUCCUCCUGCAGGAGACCUCUGAGGAGGCAGACUUCCCUCUGCCGGCCUUCCACUUCCAGCGGCUACUUGCCAAUCUGACUGCCCUGGGCAUCUGGACCAGGGGCCAAGGCCUGGGCCAUUCUGGAGCAGUGGCCCUGUGUGAAGUCCAGCUCACCUCGGCCCGGGCCCAGCGAGGGCUUGCCCCUCCGGCCUCUUGGGUGGAGUCUUGCUCGUGUCCCCAGGGAUACACAGGCCAGUUCUGUGAAUUCUGUGCUCUGGGAUACAAAAGAGAGAUACCUCGUGGGGGUCCCUACACCAGCUGCAUCCCCUGCACCUGCAACCAGCAUGGCACCUGUGAUCCCAGCACAGGGAUAUGCCUGUGUGGCCACCAUACCGAGGGUCCUUCCUGUGAGCGCUGCAUGCCAGGUUUCUACGGCAACGCCUUCUCAGGCCAUGCUGAUGACUGCCAGCCCUGUCCGUGCCCUGGCCAAUCAGCCUGCACAGUCAUCCCAGAGAGUGGGGAGGUGGUGUGCACACACUGCCCCCCUGGCCAGAGAGGACGGCGUUGUGAGAGCUGCGAAGAUGGCUUUUUUGGGGAUCCUCUGGGACUUUCUGGAGCCCCCCAGCCCUGCCGCCAGUGCCAGUGCAGCGGGAAUGUGGAUCUCAAUGCGGUCGGCAACUGUGAUCCUCGUUCCGGCCGCUGCUUGCGCUGCUUGUACAACACCACAGGCGCCCACUGCGAGCGCUGUCAGGACGGUUUCUAUGGGAGCGCUUUGGCCACCAGGCCUGAGGACAAGUGUGCACCCUGCAGCUGUGAGCUGAGGGGCUCAGUCAGUGAGGAGAUAACCUGCAACCCAGUGACCGGCCAGUGUGCCUGCCUGCCUCAUGUCACCGGGAGGGACUGCAGCCGCUGCAGUCCUGGCUUCUACGAUCUCAAGUCUGGGAGGGGCUGCCAGAGCUGUAACUGCCACCCACUCGGCUCCUUGGAAAACAAGUGUCACCCCAAGACUGGCCAGUGCCCCUGCCGACCCGGCGUCACAGGCCAAUCCUGUGACAGAUGCCAGCUGGGUUUCUUUGGCUUCUCCAUCAAGGGCUGCCGAGACUGUAGGUGUUCCCCGCUGGGUGCUGCUUCACCUCAGUGCCACGAGAACAGCACAUGUGUGUGCAGGCCAGGCUUUGUGGGCUACAAGUGUGACCGCUGCCAGGACAAUUUCUUCCUCGUGGAUGGUGACACAGGGUGCCAGGAGUGUCCCACCUGCUAUGGUCUGGUGAAGGAGGAGGCAGCCAAGCUGAAGGCCAGGCUGAUGCUGAUGGAGGGGUGGCUGCAGGGGUCUGACUGUGGCAGCCCCUGGGGACCACCAGACGUUCUUCAGGGAGAAGCACCUCGGGGGGAUGUCUACCAAAGUCACCACCUACUUCAAGAGGCCCGGGAAGCCUUCCUGCAGCAGGUGGUGGACCUGGAAGGUGCCAUGAAGGCCACGUGGAAGCAGUUGCAGGUGCUGAGAGGAAGCGUCCACUGUGACCAGCCUGGAGCUCAGAAGACCUGCGCCCAGCUGACGGAGCUGGGGGAGGCAUUGCGGUCCUCAGAGGAGGGGGUCCUGCGUGCAGCCUCAGCUCUUCCGUUUCUGGUGAGUCUUCAGGAAGGAUCCAGCCCACCCACCAAUUGGAGCCAUCUGGCGUCAGAGGCCCACAUCCUUGCUAGGAGCCACCAGGACACAGCCACCAAGAUUGAAGCUGCUGCACGGAGGGCCCUGCUCACCGCCAACACCAGCCAUGAGCACCUGUGGGAUCUGCUGAGAGGGAAGGAGGCCUUGGCGGCUCGGUGGGAACUGGAGGACAGGUACCAGGAGGUGCAGGCAGCCCAGACUGCCCUGGGCACAGCUGAGGCAGAAGUGCUGCCCAAAGCUGAGAAGGCACUGACCACUGUGAAGCAAGUCAUUGGUGAUGCUGCCCCACAUCUGGGCUUGCUGGUCACCCCUGGAGCAAUGAACUCCCAAGCCAGGCGUCUGGACUGGAAAGUGAAGGCCCUGGAACAGAAGCUGGCUCAGAGGGAGCGCCAGGCCGUCCAGGCUGAAGAAGCCCUGCAGGUGGAGGCUGGGGCAGCCCUAAAGAAGAUGGAGCCCUUCAUGCAGCUACGCAACAAGACCACAGCUGCUCUGAUGCAGGCUUCCUCAGCUGUCCAAGCUGCCACGCUGACUGUCAUAGGAGCCAAGACUCUGCUAGCUGACCUCGAGGGAGUGAAGCUGAGGUUUCCUCUGCCCAAGGAGCAGGCAGCGCUGAAGAGGAGAGCAGUCAGCAUCCAGGCCAGGCUCCUGGAGGAGUCAAAGAGGAAGACCAGGCAGGCAGAGAGGAUGCUGGGAAAUGCUGCAGCUCUCUCCUCUAGCACCAAGAAGAAAAGCAAAGAAGCAGAACUGAUGGCCAAGGAGAACGCCAAGCUUGCCAAAGCUUUGCUGAGGGAGGGGAAGCAGAGGCAACGUCGUGCCAGCCGACUGGCCAGCCAGACCCAGGCCACACUCCGCCAGGCCUCUCGGCUAGUACUCACAUCAGAAGUGUGCAAGCAGGAGCUGGAGGAGGCUAAGCAGGUGGCCUCUGGGCUGAGCACCGUGGAGCACCAAAUCCAAGAAUCUCGAGGGUCUUUGGUGAAGGACAUCCAGGUCCUGUCAGAGCUGCUCGCCAAGCUGGGGUCCCUGGAUGCCCACCGAGCUCCUGCUCAGACCCUGAAUGAGACCCAGAGGGCACUGGAAAGCUUGAGGCUGCAGCUGGGCUCACAGGGAGCCCUGCAUCGCAAGCUGAGACAGCUGGAGCAAGAGUCUGCUCGGCAGGAGAUGCAGAUCGAGAGCUUUGAGAGUGACCUUGCUGAGAUCCGCGCUGACAAGCACAACUUGGAGACCAUUCUGAGCAGCCUACCAGAGCAUUGCGCCAGCUAA